AUGUCCAGCCCAAGUACCAAAGAAAAGCCAUCAGACCUAAAUCCAAACCUAACAUCCAUCGCAAGAUCCACCAACCCCUCAAGAAGGAUAUCUGAUGGGCCUGCACGAGAACCUCUGGGCAGGCACAAGCACCGCAAUGACCCCAACCCUCCUGAUUCUUUUCUUGUGCUCGGGCGUCUGGGCAACAGCCUCGCCUGUGACAAGGCAGGUGGCCAACUCGUCGUCGGCGAAGCGUGCACGUCUCUCUGGGCUCCCCUUGGCUCUUGCGGUAGCUCUCGCUGUUAUCCUGCCACUGCUACUGCCGUCGCCACCGCUGUCGGUCAAGGUGAGCUGCUUCAGGCAGGAUUGAGGGGGCAUGGGAUCGCCAUCCGUGAUGAGGAGUCGCUUGGUGCCACUGGUGAGCUUUUUGAUAUCGAGCUCGAGGGCACUGGCGUCUUGGGGCAGGUAUAA